AUGGUCCGUGGAGCAAGGAAAGCUCUUGCUGUCGGAGUUGCGGUGGCUGUCGCAUGCGGUCUCCAGAAGCACUUGAAUUUUGUGCCUGGGCCUCGGCAUGCUGCUCCAGUGGCCGCAGCAGCAGCCAGCAUGAUGAUGGCUCCUGCGGCUUUUGCUGAUGAGAUCGGCGAUGCUGCAAAGAAGCUUGGGGAUGCUUCCUACUCUUUUGCCAAGGAAGUGGACUGGAACAAUGGCAUUUUCCUGCAGGCCCCUGGCAAGUUUCAGCCCUUGGAAGCUUUGAAAGCCAUUGACAAGAUGAUCGAAAUGGGGGCGGCCGCAGAUCCAAAGCUUCUGAAGGAUGCAGCAGAAGCACAUCACAAGGCCAUUGGGAGCAUCAGCGGGCCAAAUGGUGUGACUUCGCGCGCAGACUGGGAUGCUGUGAAUGCAGCCAUUGGCCGUGUAGUCGCUUCGGUCCCCAAAGCAAAGGUCAUGGCCGUUUACGAUUCAGUGAAAGCCAUCACGGACCCCGGGGUGCCAGCGUACAUGAAGUCCUUGGUGAACGGACCCGAUGCCGAGAAGGCCUACCAAGGAUUCCUGGAAUUCAAGGAUGUUGUUGAAAAGAACCAGGUGGCCACGGCCGGUGCUCCUGCAGUUGUGCCUUCUGGAGAUAAAAUUGGUGAAGCUGCAAAAGCGUUGUCCGAUGCAUCCUAUCCUUUCAUCAAGACGCUGAAAGCCAUUGACAAGAUGAUCGUGAUGGGCGCGAAGAUGGAUGGAAACCUCUUGAAGGCAGCAGCAGAGGCACACCACAAGGCCAUUGGCAGCAUUGACGCCACUGGUGUGACGUCUGCGGCCGACUACGAAGCUGUGAAUGCAGCCAUUGGCCGCUUGGUGGCAUCCGUGCCGAAGACAACUGUGAUGGAUGUGUAUAAUUCCAUGGCUGGCGUGGUUGAUUCCAGCGUCCCCAACAACUUGUUUUCGAAGGUGAACCCAUUGGAUGCAGUGGCUGCCGCCAAGGGUUUCUACACCUUCAAGGAUGUUGUGGAGGCUUCCCAGCGCUGA